ACGCCGCGCGGGGCAGGCGGGAGGCGACCGGGAGAGGCAGGGAUGGGGGUGCCUCAGCGGGACGGUCGCGGUGGCCUGGGCUGCUGACCGCGUAACCGGAGCUAGGAGUCUGCGGCGGCGGAACACCGGGCAGCGUAUCGUCUAAUUUGAAAGUCUUCCAUGAAAACUUCACUUUAAAAAAAUAAGUAAUGCCAUCAUCUGUUAUCCUAAACCACUGAAAUGGGGGCUGUCAAUUUGAGGGCCUCAUGGUUAUGAAUGUGCUUCAAUUUCAUAAUGCCUCCUGCUAUGGCAGACAUCCUUGACAUCUGGGCAGUGGAUUCACAGUUAGCAUCUGAUGGCUCCAUACCUGUGGAUUUCCUUUUGCCCACUGGGAUUUAUAUUCAGUUGGAGGUUCCUCGGGAAGCUACCAUUUCCUAUAUUAAACAGAUGUUAUGGAAGCAAGUUCACAAUUACCCAAUGUUUAACCUCCUUAUGGAAAUUGACUCCUAUAUGUUUGCAUGUGUGAAUCAAACUGCUGUAUAUGAGGAGCUUGAAGAUGAAACAAGAAGGCUCUGUGAUGUCAGACCUUUUCUUCCAGUUCUCAAAUUAGUGACAAGAAGUUGUGACCCAGGGGAAAAAUUAGACUCAAAAAUUGGAGUCCUUAUAGGAAAAGGUCUACAUGAAUUUGAUGCACUGAAGGAUCCUGAAGUGAAUGAAUUCCGAAUAAAAAUGCGCAAAUUCAGUGAAGAAAAGAUUCAGUCACUUGUGGGAUUGUCUUGGAUGGAUUGGCUAAAACAGACGUAUCCACCAGAACAUGAACCAUCCAUCCUUGAAAACUUAGAAGAUAAACUUUAUGGAGGAAAGCUCAUUGUGGCUGUUCAUUUUGAAAAUUGUCAGGAUGUGUUUAGCUUUCAAAUAUCUCCUAAUAUGAAUCCUAUCAAAAUAAAUGAACUGGCAAUCCAAAAACGUUUGACUAUUCAUGGGAAAGAAGAUGAAGUUAGCCCGUAUGACUAUGUGUUACAAGUCAGUGGGCGAGUAGAAUAUGUGUUUGGUGAUCACCCACUAAUUCAGUUCCAGUAUAUCCGGAACUGUGUAAUGAAUAGGACCUUGCCUCAUUUUAUGCUUGUGGAAUGUUGCAAGAUCAAGAAGAUGUACGAACAGGAAAUGAUUGCCAUAGAAGCUGCCAUAAAUAGAAAUUCAUCAAACCUUCCUCUUCCUUUACCACCAAAGAAAAUGCGAAUUAUUUCUCAUGUUUGGGAAAAUAACAACCCUUUCCAAAUUGUCUUGGUUAAGGGAAAUAAACUUAACACAGAAGAAAGUGUAAAAGUUCAUGUCAGGGCUGGCCUUUUUCAUGGUACCGAACUCCUGUGUAAAACCAUCGUAAGCUCAGAGAUAUCAGGGAAAAAUGAUCACAUUUGGAAUGAACCACUGGAAUUUGAUAUAAAUAUUUGUGACCUGCCACGAAUGGCUCGAUUAUGUUUUGCUAUUUAUGCAGUUUUGGAUAAAGUGAAAACGAAAAAAUCGACUAAAACUAUUAAUCCCUCUAAAUAUCAGACCAUCCGGAAAUCUGGGAAAGUGCAUUAUCCUGUAGCAUGGGUAAAUACAAUGGUUUUUGACUUUAAAGGACAGUUGAGAUCUGGAGACAUAACAUUGCACAGCUGGUCUUCAUUUCCUGAUGAACUUGAAGAAAUGUUGAAUCCAAUGGGAACUGUUCAGACAAAUCCAUAUACGGAAAAUGCAACAGCUUUGCAUAUCAAAUUCCCAGAGAAUAAAAAACAACCUUAUUAUUAUCCUCCCUUUGAUAAGAUAAUCGAGAAGGCAGCUGAGAUUGCAAGCAGUGACAGUGCUAAUGUAUCAAGUCGAGGUGGAAAAAAGUUUCUUGCUGUACUGAAAGAAAUCUUGGACAGGGAUCCCUUGUCUCAACUGUGUGAGAACGAAAUGGAUCUUAUUUGGACUUUGCGACAAGAUUGCAGAGAGAAUUUCCCACAGUCACUGCCAAAAUUACUGCUGUCGAUCAAGUGGAAUAAACUUGAAGAUGUUGCUCAGCUUCAAGCCCUACUUCAGAUUUGGCCUAAACUGCCCCCCCGGGAGGCCUUGGAGCUUCUAGAUUUCAACUAUCCAGAUCAGUACGUGCGAGAAUAUGCUGUGGGCUGCCUGCGACAGAUGAGUGAUGAAGAACUCUCUCAAUAUCUUUUACAACUGGUGCAAGUUUUGAAAUACGAGCCUUUUCUUGAUUGUGCCCUCUCUAGAUUCCUAUUAGAAAGAGCACUUGCUAACCGCAGGAUAGGGCAGUUUCUAUUUUGGCACCUUAGGUCAGAAGUGCAUAUUCCUGCUGUCUCAGUACAGUUUGGUGUCAUCCUUGAAGCAUACUGCCGGGGAAGUGUAGGGCAUAUGAAAGUGCUUUCUAAGCAGGUUGAAGCACUCAAUAAGUUAAAAACUUUAAAUAGUUUAAUCAAACUGAAUGCAAUGAAGCUAAACAGAGCCAAAGGGAAGGAGGCCAUGCAUACUUGUUUAAAACAGAAUGCUUACCGGGAAGCCCUCUCUGACCUGCAGUCACCUCUGAAUCCGUGUGUCAUCCUCUCAGAACUCUAUGUUGAAAAAUGUAAAUACAUGGAUUCCAAAAUGAAGCCUUUGUGGCUCGUGUACAACAACAAAGUUUUUGGUGAGGAUUCAGUUGGAGUGAUUUUUAAAAAUGGUGAUGAUUUACGACAAGAUAUGUUGACACUCCAGAUGUUGCGCUUGAUGGAUUUACUUUGGAAAGAAGCUGGUCUGGAUCUUCGGAUGCUGCCUUAUGGCUGUUUAGCAACAGGAGACCGCUCUGGCCUCAUCGAAGUUGUGAGCACCUCUGAAACAAUUGCUGACAUUCAGCUGAACAGUAGCAAUGUGGCUGCAGCAGCGGCCUUCAACAAAGAUGCCCUUCUGAACUGGCUUAAAGAAUACAACUCUGGGGAUGACCUAGACCGAGCCAUUGAAGAGUUUACCUUGUCCUGUGCCGGCUACUGUGUAGCUUCUUAUGUCCUUGGGAUUGGUGAUAGACAUAGUGACAACAUCAUGGUCAAGAAAACCGGCCAGCUCUUCCACAUUGACUUUGGACAUAUUCUUGGAAAUUUCAAGUCUAAAUUUGGCAUUAAAAGGGAACGAGUGCCUUUUAUUCUUACCUAUGAUUUCAUUCAUGUGAUUCAACAAGGAAAAACAGGAAACACAGAAAAAUUUGGCCGUUUCCGCCAGUGUUGUGAGGAUGCAUAUCUGAUUUUACGACGUCACGGGAAUCUCUUCAUCACUCUUUUUGCACUGAUGUUGACUGCAGGGCUUCCUGAGCUCACAUCAGUCAAGGAUAUACAGUAUCUUAAGGACUCUCUUGCCUUAGGAAAGAGUGAAGAAGAAGCGCUUAAGCAAUUUAAGCAAAAAUUUGAUGAGGCACUCAGGGAAAGCUGGACUACUAAAGUGAACUGGAUGGCCCACACAGUUCGGAAAGACUACAGAUCUUAAUGAUCAGCCUUUGCUCCUAAUGUAUUUGUUGGUUUUGUUUAGUUUUCAUUUUGCACUUGCACUAAAUUGAACAUGACCCUGCCGGAGAUGUUUUAAAGGGAAUGAAAUCCGAGAACUCAUUUAAAUUAAGAACAAGGCAUCCCACAGAACCUAAUCUGAACAGUUCCUGAUGACCACCCUCUGCUUCAUUGAAUGCUUCCAAGAUUCAUCAUGAAAACUCUCAACAUUAUGGAUAAUCAUUUCCUGCUGACUUUGCACGCUGAGGAAUGCUACUAGAGAUUGUUUUCUGUCGUCGUCGUCGUCUUCUUCUUCUUCUUCUUCUUCUUCUUCUUCUUCUUCUUUUUAAAGUAUUUGGUACUUUUCCAGAAAGGUGUAAAUACUUCUUUUUGUAUUGUGACCAAGUGUUACCACUCAGCCGACUUAUCCACUCCUGGGCACUGGUAGUUGUUCUUAUUUUCCAAAUGAAGCUUAAAAGAAAGGUAUCUUUCUUCCCCUUUUAAAUUGUGUAAACUACAAAUUAUAACAUAAUUUGAAAUUAUGUUUUUUUUUUUCAAAAGAAAUCUCUAAAUCUAUGGAAACAUUAAUUCUGUUGUUGAUAUUUAUCUACCAGGACAGCAUCAUUUCUAGCAGGCUUGCUGAAGACCUGCUGGUGAGGCAAAUAUAAUAUAUAUGUUGCAUAUAUAUUUAUAAAAUUUCUAGUGGGAGUUCUAUAUAAAAAGACAUUUCUUUGGUUUUUUUUUUUCAGUCUGUGUUUUAAAGUUUUACAAAAAGAAGAGCUUUUUCCUAAGUUACUUUUUUUAGUUAACUAUGUGAUCCAGUUCUUCCAGUUGCUUCUGUAAUGAGGCACAUAGUACUUUCAGUUUUUACAUGGUAUCUAUGAAAGAGUUCAUUUCAUAGAGCAUAAUACUUGAGCAAAUGCAUCCAAGACAGAAAGCAAAUAAAAAGGAAACUAUUUAUGGAAUCAUCUCCACACCUAAAAUUCAGUAUUUUAGUAAAAUGCCAGCUGUUCUUACUGUAUUUAUUAAAACUUGUAAUAAUGUGAUUUUUUCAAGGAUAUUAGCUCAAAUUGAAAUGGUUUCAUGCCACAUGGAAUUCUUUAAUUUAUUUGUUGAGGUACCAUAUCUUUAGGGUGCUAGAUGGCAAAUAAUGUUAAUAUGUGCAAUAAGAACUACUGGUUUGAAUGUGUAAAUGGAUGCUCUUUCUGAGUACUGGCAAUAUCCAUCAAAACUACUGCUUUUUCUCCAAAGACUUUUGGGAGCUCUCAAUCCUCAGUGACAUGAGAAAGAGAACUGAUUAUUUGCCCUGUGACUGAGUUUUCUAUAGGAAUUUUAUUAAAGAUUGUUUAAUUUUGUUGUCCUCCUUCAUGUUCUCAGUCAAAUAAAUGGGUGAGCUGGUUUCAGCUGCUCUUGGGAUUUGUGGGCUGCUUCUUUAUGGACAGCACAGGCCUUUAGAUCUUGGCACUGGGACUCUAAGAAAUGGCCAAGUUAAGGGACAAAUCAAUCUGAGGAAUAGGCUGAGGCUCAUGGUCUCUUCUCUGACUUCUACCUCUGCUUCCCAGCCCCAACAGGCAGUGUGGGAAGCCUCUUGGACCUUAGUUGGUGCCUGAGGCUCAUCAAGUUUCCAUACCUUUGUGAGGUACCCUGAGGUUGGGGAGAAUGCCUGUUCAGUUACUCAGUACCCAAGCCAAGGCCAGACUGUGGCCACUUUGUAGCUCUCUUCCAUGGGGCAGAUGUUCAGGGGAAGUCAUAGUUUCUUAGAAAUAAGUCAGCCGAGGAUGGAGAUUGACCUCUAAACUGACCAUUCAGGGCUGGUCCAAACUCAGUGAGAGUUCCAGGAAUAGGACUGUGAAGGAUAGAUUUGUUCAAGGCUCUUUGUCUGGUAGCAAUCUACCAUUACAUGCACUAGGUUGCAGGUCAGGAGUUUGGAGACUGGUGAAUGUUGCCAGCUGGAAGUGGGCCCCACUGCUUCCAGAGGGGUCUCCUCACCCUACACGGAACCUUGGUUUAAAAAAUACAUAUAUUCACAAUGAAUGUGAGUGUCAAGAGUAAGAAACAGAAAUAAACAGUCCUGGGUGUGAGCCCAGGAUGACUCUGUACUCCCCCUCCACCAUCUCUGCCAUAAGCCCCUCAAAGAUAGCCAGGACACUAUGACACAGUAGCCCUCUGUAGCUGCCAACCACUCCCCACAUACUUCCUGAAUUGCAUAUUUCUGAUUCUCAGGGGCUCUGUCAGAGCCAGAGAGGGGAGGUGGAAGGCAGAGGAUAGCUAACCAAGAAGUCUGGGCUGCAGGGUCAGCUUUUUGCAUGGGGUCUCGUUACCCAUUACCUUGCCUGUUUAGUGCUCUGGUCAACAAUAAAUCUUAGCCCAAAACUUUUGGCUCCUUGUCUUUUGGUCCUUCCCCAAGUUUAUCCAAGACAUUGCUUUACUCUAUACAUUUCCAUACUUGAGGGCAGCAUCUGUGUCUGCCUGGGUCUGGGAAGACAGAGGAUGGCUUUGUUGAACAGGUAAUUUCGGAGUAUUAACCUAGUAUAUCUAUAGGCAGACUCUGGGCUGUAGAGACCAAUACUUGCAAUCCAGCUCUGCCUCUGUGACCCUUGAGUAAGGUAUUUUAUUUCUCAGGGUCUGAGCUUCCUAGUGUGUGAAAUGGGACUGAUAAUAACUGCCCGACUCACUUCUGUAUGGUGGUGAGAGGCUAGGUUAAGACGGUGAAUGGGAACGUAUGCUGAGUCCCAAUUUAGAGGCAAACUCAUUUCUUUCCCUGCUUCUACUACUUGAAGGCCACUAAAGGGAGGAAUCUCAGAGAAGGAAAGCCCCUUCCAGAGCUCUAUCCCUGUCUCCUGAGUGAGGAAGUCCUUCAGUGUAUUCUCAGUUCUGCCUUGUCCAGCCCAUGGCCCUGACUCUCAGCACCAGACCUGCCAGGCAGCCUGUAAUGCAGAGGUCACUUGUCUGUAGAAGGAGAAAGACUGUGGGAAGGAGAGCAGGGAGGUACCUGCCAUGUGACCCUGACUGUGGUGGGUGGGCAGCUUUUAAAAAGGAGGGGGCAAGGGCUGAGGUCUCUUGGAUCAGAGGGCGUCUGAGCUGAGUCUUCAAGGACAGACAGAAGCUAGGUGAAGGGGCGAUAGGUGAGACUAAGCAGGAAGCUACAGCAUGUUGUAAAGUCCUGGGUGGGCGGAAAAACAGGAUGCACUAACAGGCUCAGUAGUUGUUUCUUUGCCCCUGCCUCUUCUCCUUCCUCCGCUCCAGAAUGCUGCACUUGUCCAGCUCCAGCUGGGAUCUCAACAACAGUCGUGUCAUCCUGGAGCCUCUUCCUCUUUCAGUAUCUGUGGCAGUUUUAUCCCCUUGUCUGAUGAUUGGAAAAGUGUCCGAUAUCACCGUCUGGGUUAUUCCUGCUCUAAAAUGUGUAACUAAUGGAUUUUUGGAACUCACUUUUAACCCACUUUUAAUAAAGCCCAGGUUUACCACUCAGAAAAGUCUGCCCUUUGAAACUCCCUACUUUUCUGUAUCUUUUUUUAGUGUGAGAAAUGGCACAUAAAGUAUAUAAAGCAAUAAGGCAUAUAAAUAGCAUUAGCACAUUCUAGAGCAGACACCCAGAUAGCCAUCAGAUAGGUCAGGAAGGAACACUACCAACACUUCAGAAUCCCUACCAGUCCCCCUUCUUGGUCAGGACCCCCUCCUCUCUGCCAAGGUAAUCACUGUCUCUUCUUUGAGGGCAAUCAUCUUAUUUCCUUACUUUACAGUUAUGCAGCCUACUUAGUGGGUUGGGCUUCUUUUGCUCAACAUUAUGUUUUGAAGAUCCAGCCAAGUGGUUGUGUAAUUCAUUAUCACUGCACAACAUUCCAUCUUCGAGGUAUCCUAUAAUUUAUAAAUCUUUUCUACUGUUGGGACACAUACAGGUGGUUUCUAGUUUGAGGCUAUUACAAUUAAAUAAUGCUGCUAUGAUAAUUACAGUUUAUCUGCUGAUUCAUGGAUGUAUAUAUUUCAAUGUAUAUACUUAAGAUUAAAAUUAAUUGGUCAUAGGAUUAUGCCUAUCUUUAUUUUGACUAAGUAAUGCUAAAUAAGUGGUGUGCCAACUUUAUUCUUCCUCCAGUACUUAAUUCUUAUUGUUCCAUAUUCUCACCAGUACCCAGUUAGCCAAUAUUUUAAAAAUUUUAGCCAUUCUAAUGUGUGAGGUGAAGUAAUUUGCAUUCCUUGAUUGGUAAUGAGAUUAAAUUGCUUUUUCAUA